AAGAUAGGAAAAGGAGAAAAAAAAAGGGUGUAAAAAAAGAAAUUGGACAUGGGUCUCAGAGGAAGAGGGUGUGUUGCCUUAUGUAAAAUGCACACCCCCCUAAUAUCGUCUAGGCCGCCUUUUUUCUCCAGAUCUUUAAUAUCUCGACGUUGCAUACGCACGCAAGGCUCCGGCGAGGCGGUCGCGGAGAAAAGAUCACCGGACCGCGCACGAGGCCGGCUUUCGAGAGUAGCUGGACGAGGGGAAGAGGGGGGAGACAGAGCCUGGCCACGAAUGAGGGGAUUGGGGGGGAGGCUGGCUUUCCUGCGUACAGAUCACCGCGAUCAAUAUGGAGUUCAUAUCGAUCGCUCGGAGCGCGACCCCCUCGUCCGGCUGCGCGCGCCCGCGAUCCUGCAGAGGGCACCUCCUUCAUUCCUCACCGCCGGUUGUGCUGGUUGCUCACUUGCCGUCCAUGGCGUCCCGGUUGCGCCGUCGGACGGCAGACAAGUCUGAGACAAAUGUAGCCUGCAGGCCACGGGGCAAGGAGAUCCUGCCCCAGACUCUUUUCGUCCUCUCUCUCUCUCUUUCUCUCUAUCUCUCUCUCCUCCCGCGACACCCCCUUGGAGAGCGGAUGGUAAGGCAGCGGGGCGGUAGAGGGGACAUCUGGGCGCUAAAAAAGAUAUUCUGCCGUCGUGACGUUGCGGUCCUACGGCGCAGCUCCCAUCGUGACCCUCGAGAUGGAACCAGAGGAAACAGAACGAAAAAAAAAAAAAUUAGCAUCGUCAGGGUGCCGGCAGAGAAGGCGAUGGUGUCCCUUGCACGUCUAUACGGCCGACCUAGCCUGCCCGUCGACGUUACCUAUCUGGUCACCUUGCCUGUCUGGCUGUCCAGUCCUACCACCCCAGGUCGAUCAGCCGGCGGCUCGGCGGCAGGAGUUGCGGGGGAAUAUCUGUGCGGGCUAGGGAUGAGGGCGGCGACGAGGGAGACGACAGGGGCACUCCUAUUCUCGUUGGUGUCAUCGUCGCUAUUGCCGCGUCUGCCAGUGUUGCCGUUACCUGGCCUUGCGGGAGUAACAUCCCCAGCCGGCAGCGGGGCCCGCAACGCAACCGAGCCGUGGAGGAACCAAAGGAGGGAAAAAAGAGAGAGGAUCCGGGGAGAAGAGGCAAGGCCCGUUCGACGUCUUCGUCCUCGGAGGAGAGAGGCAGCAGUGCGAGGUCGCGCGAGCGCGCAGGGCGCACUCGCACAUAACCUACUUACCUACCUAUCUACCUAGGUAUCUAUCUAGGUACCUGAACCACAUUGACAUGCCUCUCCUUCUUCUGCUGGCGGUGAUGCAUCUUCGUCAUCUCCUGCGGCUCCUGUGGCUCUCCUACCGCCCUCUGCUGGCCCCCCCGGCUAAAUUCGCAG